GGGCUCGACACGGACCACAGCUCAGAUAGAAUUUCAACAGAUGGAUGAUGAGUGCAAAAGCAAAGAAGAAAAAUCGGCGUCCCUUCGGGGCAACUGCCCCUCCAUUUAUUGACUAUCUCAAAGACAUAUUGCGCCGGUAUCCAGAUGGUGGACAGAUUUUGAAGGAACUGAUUCAAAAUGCUGAUGAUGCCGGCGCGACUGAAGUUAUUUUUGUUCAUGACAACAGAAGCUAUGGGACAGACGACCUCUGGGCUGAAGGCCUGGCAAAGUUCCAAGGUCCAGCCUUGUAUGCCUACAACAAUGCCCAGUUUACAGAUGAGGACUGGGAAGGAAUCCAGAGUGUGGCCCGGAGUGUCAAGCGUGAUGACCCCAAUAAAGUAGGCCGCUUUGGGCUGGGUUUCAACUCUGUCUACCACAUCACAGAUAUGACCUGUAUAUUCAGUGCAGGUCACCUGGGUAUGCUGGACCCUCAGGAGAAGAUAUUUGAUGAUAAAAAUGCAGGUUGCCAGUGGUCUUUGGAUGAUGAAGACGACCAACAAGCUCUUACAGAGAUGCAAGACCAGUUCCAACCUUUCCGAGACAUUGUUGCACUUAUAAGUGGACAAGAGUGGACCAGAAUUAUCCAGGAAGAUCAGAAUUUCAAUGGCACCCUUUUCAGAUUCCCCUUACGCACGGAGAAAUCACAAAUAUCCGACAAUCUUUACAGUUAUGAGAGAGUUGUCGAUCUUUUUGGCAGUUUCAUUGUUGAUGCAGACCUAAGCCUUCUCUUCCUCAAAAGUGUCUCAUCCGUUUCUCUUAUACACGUCGAUGCUGAAGGCUCUGUCUCUACUCAAUUAGAAGUGAAAUCCACAGCCUCACAAGAUGUCAAAUUAGAGUCAUUUAAGGAUGCCACCGAAGGAUACACAACAAUGAAAUCCAUUACUCUUAAGUCAGACGAGCUGAAAGAAACCAAGUGGCUUGUCACAUCUUGCACUCUGAAAGAAGGCCACAUGGACAAGCUUGAUUACCUCGCGGAAAGGCUCAAGUUUGUUCCUCGGGUGGAUUUGGCAUUCCCUUGCAAUGACAAUGUAGACUGUAGUAAAAGUAGACUGUGUUGCUUUCUCCCUCUACCAAACAAUGACUCAAACAAGACAGGCCUCCCAGUUUAUGUCAACGCAUACUUCGGCCUUACAGACAACAGGCGAGAGAUCAAGUGGCUAGAAGAAGACCAGAUGAACGACGAACAUGCCAUCUGGAAUGAGCUGCUCAUCAAGGAGGUGCUUCCAGAGGCAUUCCUCACAAUUUUUCAAGAUGCCAUCAGACUUUUCCAAGACUACGUCCUACCAGUGAAUUCCAUCUACAGUCUCUGGCCCGACCUAUCCCAAGUACAGCACAAGGAGAAGUGGCAUGCAGUGGCCUUGGAUGUCCUCACUCAGUUGUUUGAUCAGAAUAUUGCAGUUCUGUCUCUUGCUAAAGAUGAAAGGCAGUUCAUCACACUGUCUGAAGCUGUGUUUCCAUGUAAUGGCCCAACGCCAUCGGACACUCUAGCUGCCAUCAAGAGAGUCCUGGUGUCCCGGGAUGAGAACCUGGUGACUUUAUCAGACAGUGUUACCAGAGCUUUGAAGGCAGCUUACCCAGGCUUUAGCUCUCUAACCCACGUGACUCCAGCCUUCCUGAGGGACAUUCUUCACAGCACUGGUGUUGAGGACAUCUCUGAUCUAGACAGGCGGACUUUGCUGGAGUACGUCUUGAGUGAUGGACAAUAUGCAGAACUCCAUGGUCUACAACUGCUCCCUGUCAGUGACGGCUCCUUCAAAUCCUUCACCAACAGAGAAGAGGACACUGUGUUAAUCGACAGCAAGGAAUUUCCAAGAACCUUACUUCCAUUCUGUCAAAGCCUGUUCAUACCAGAUAGCCUCAGUCCAGAAUGUGUUUACCACCUGAGGCAACUGGCAGAGCAAAAGCUGUACAUGAUCAUUGACAUCGAUGAAGACCAGGUGUUGAGAUACACAAGAAGUCAUUUGCCUGAGGAGUGGAAUAAGACAGAAAACAGCCUUGUAAUAUGGGAGGUGAACAGUGAUCGGCAUCCCCCACUGAACUGGUUACAAGAGUUCUGGAGAUUUCUCAACAGUCAUUUUAUGGAGCUCAAUUGUUUGACUGGACUGCCCUUAAUACCAGUUAACACAGUGUCUAGAAGCCAACCAGUCACACUUGCUAAAAUACAAAGUAGUCCAACUUUGAUUUUUGAGAAAAGUAAACAAGUGGCCUUACCAGAUAAUAUCAUUCAGAUGAUUAACAAAGUUGGAGGCACAGUGGUGAAAGAAAAUAAUUGGCUAAAGCAUGAAGACCUAGAUUCUUAUGUCCUGAGUCCAUCUCCACAACAUGUUCUACAAGUGUUUGUAAAUUUACAAUCCCAGCAAGUGGUCAAAGAUUUGAUGACCGUUCCUAAAAAGGCUUUAGAGGAGCUAAAGGAGUACUUCUCUAAAAUUGAUGCUCUCUCAAGCUGUGAAAAAGAAUUUCUCUUGCAGUUACCUUUGUUCCAGACCAUGGCAGGAGAGUACACCAAUGCUCAAUCCAAACAGGCUGUGCUGUUAAUCUCUGGGCUCACAAUACCUGUAGAUUUGCCCCUGCCUGACACAGUGGUGAAGUGUGCUAAUGAGGCAGAUCGCAGACUUCUUCAGCUACUCAAGAUCACCCUCUUGGACACAGCGCAAGCAGUCAACUUUCUGAUGGACAAUGUGGAGAACAGAGCAGGCGGCAAAACAGACACUGAGAAAAUCAUGACAUGGAUCUUAGAUCAUGGAAACAUCCUUUUCUAUCAAAAUCCAAAUUUAAAAAGACGAUGCACACAUCUGUCUUUCAUUGAAAUUAAUGGAAAGUUAAAAAAAACGUCCUGUCUUUAUGACCCUAGAGUUAAUUCUUUUAAAGUUCUAUUUGAAGAUGAUUACUUCCCACCGGCUGUGUACACAAAGACACAACAGAUGCUUGCAAGCUUGAUUGAUCUUGGAUUAAUUCAUAAAGAAGUGGACAUGUCUCCUGAGCACUUGUUGCAUGCCGCCACAAUAGUUGAAAAGCUUACAAGUUGCAAUAACCAAGAGGCUCGCCAAAAAGCACAGGCAUUACUGAAAAUCUUGGAUUCCACUGAUUUAUUAGAGGAUUUUACUCAUGACCAGACUGAGCAACUGAAAAGGCUUAAAUGGGUGCCAGUGACAAAUCCAAAGGACAAACAAAAAAUCUCUGUACAAAAUGGUUUCUCCUGUCCAGAGGAGAUGAGGCACAGCAUGUAUGAAGACAUAGUUGGGUAUGUGAUGCCCAUGGAAGGAAUGCUUGGUGAAAACAUUUGCAGCAAACUCGGCCUCAAACAACCACCACCACCUGGAAAAGUAGUGGCAAAUCUUUCAGUCCUUAUAUCCAAAGCCAAGGAGCUCGAUAGUCCUGACACAAAUGUGGAUUUUAAAAAAAAGCUUCGAAGCAUUUAUGGACAUAUGCAGAAGUCCAUCCACGAAUACACCACAAUAAUCAGCAAAGAUACUAGAUGGCUUUGGAAUCGCAACCAGUUUAUGGCUCCCAGAGAACUGGUUCUAAACUUUCCCGAUAAUCUAGACCUGAGCUCUCAAAUUGGUAAAGUUCCAGAUGAAUUUCUUCCAUACAAACGUUUGUUCCAAGAGUUUGGACUGCGUGAAGAACUGACAGAUGAAGAAAUCAUUGAGUUACUUUACAGGAUUAAGCAAACCAUUGAAGGCCGAGAAGCGGCAGUGGCAACAUCUUCUGAGGUUAAAGUAUCUAUUGAUAUUCUGAACUGGAUUUGGAGAGAGAAGAAAGAGGUUUCUGACGAUGUCCCUGUGCCAGUCAUUUUACAACAUGGACAAUACACACUUAAACCAAAGUCAGCAGCUGUUUUCUGUGACUUGAGCAAAAAUUGCUUGAAAGAACUUGAGUGCAGCCAAGAAGAAAUGUAUGUAGUUUAUGAGGAGAUGCCAAUAGCAACAGCAGAGUGGUUAGACAUUCAACUCCUGAGUACUUGUAUUUUGGAUCCAAAAUCAGUGGGAAUCGAACAAUGUGGGCAAACGGAACCAAUAACAACACGAAUCAAAAACAUUCUAAAAGAAUAUGACGAAGAAAGUGAUAUUUUCAAAGAGAUCAUUCAAAAUGCUGAAGAUGCUGGGGCACAAACAUGUAAAUUCUUAUUGGAUUUUAGAGUUCACAAAGAUGACCCUGAAAGUCUCAUUGACCCGAACAUGAAGUUGUGCCAGGGACCCUGUGUGUGGGCCUACAAUAAUGAGCAGUUCUCGCCUGAUGACUGGAAAAAUAUAGUGAAAGUGGGCUCUGCCUCAAAGGAGAACAUGGUGGAAAAGAUUGGUAUGUUUGGACUUGGAUUCAACACCGUGUAUCAUGUCACAGACAUUCCCUCCAUCCUCAGCGGUAGUACACUUCUCAUACUUGAUCCAAAUAUUACGCAUCUUAAAAAACGCAUCAAGCACAAAUCAAAUCCUGGCAUCAAGCUGGAGCUGUCUCGGCAGAGUCUUUUUCAGUGGUUUCCUGGCCAGUUUGCACCUUAUGAAGGUGUUUUUAACUGUACUUUCUCUGGUCAAACCCCUAAACACUAUCCUGGCACCCUCAUUAAAUUACCAUUCAGAACUAAAGAGGAAUCACUUUCAUCAGAAAUAAGCUCCAAGGUUUAUUACAAUCAAGAUAUUUUGGCUUUUCAAAAACACUUUACCAAAGACUCGCCAUUGCACCUGAUCUUUCUUAAAAAUGUUAGCACUGUGGCUCUACAAACUGCCUCGAGCUUGUCUUCAACUCCACUGACAGAUGGAGAUAUUACAGAUAUUUUUACAGUCUCCAAAACCACACUGUGUCGUAUGAAUAUUCCAGAGGAAGGUUGUGCGUUGAUGUCGCAUGUUGAAAACAUGUUAAUGCAACUUGACAGGAAAUACAAAGACGUCAUCGACUGCAGCAAUGUGAACAUUGUGGAGAUAACGUGUCAGCAAUCAGGGGAAACACAAGUCCAGUGCUGGCUUCUCAGUAGUUGCUUUGGAACAAAAGAGUCAUUAAAAUUGGCCAUGGGGAAAAACAAAAAUUUUGCAUUUUCAUUGCCAGCUGGUGGUGUUGCUGUGCCUUUGCAAUGUAACCAUGAAACUAAAACGUUUGAAGCAUCACAAACAAACCUUGCCGGCAAGGCAUUUUGCUUUCUUCCUCUUUCCAUUGACACUGGGCUACCAUUCAAUGUAAAUGGAACAUUUGCAGUGACAAGCAACAGAAAAGCUCUUUGGGAGAGUGGAGUUAAACAUGAGUGGAACAAGUCUCUGCUGCAGGACCCAAUCGUCUCUGCCAUCAUCACUGCACUACUGGCUCUUAAGAAUAUGUCACAAAAUAAGCAACUGGACAGGUAUUGCUACCACACUUUCUGGCCUCACAGGGAGCACGUAAGUGAGAAUUUUAGGCCACUGGUUGAUGCCUUUUAUUCUACUAUUUCCCAAACUGGCAGUGCCCCAAAGCUUUUCAGUGAUGGUGAUCAUUGGUUCUCUUUGGAGAAUACACUCAUUUUCCAUGAAAGUAUAGAGGAAGAUCAGAACAUUUUCCCACUUGUACUGCAGGUGUGCCAGAAACAUGUCAAAUCCAGUCAUGCAGUUUCACUGCCAAGUGGGAUACGGAAUAGCUUCAAACAGGCUGGCCUUGAAAAGGCCCUUCAACAAAAGACUUGGAACUGGGAGAGGUUUUACAAAGAAGCAGUUUUUCCCAAUCUGGCCCAAAUUGAUCCUGAAUGGAGAGAUACACUGAUGCUACAUGCCAUUCACCUCAACACAGAAGAAAUUGACUCUCUUUUGGUUGCAUACCCAUGCAUUCCCACUACCAGUGGACAGCUGCAGUAUAUCCAUAACCUAGUCAACCCAAAUGGCAAAGUGGCCUGCCUGUUUGAGCAAGAGGAAGGUCGCACACUUGGAGGGACCAUAAAUGACUUUUCCUCCUUUGAAAAUGUUUUACGCCUACAGAGACUUGGAAUGGCAAGUGAUAUGCUUUCUUUAGAAGACAUAGCUAAGAAAGCAGAAGCAGUCAAUACAAUCUGGCUCAAUGACAAAAACAAGGCAUAUGAACACAUAAAAUGUCUUUUGGACCUUCUGAAGCAUUACUUGGACAAUGAAGACUCUCCUUUCUGGGAAGCUUUGAGAGCCAUUCCAUUUGUGCCAGCAUUUUCACCUGGGGAUACAACAAUGAAAAGAGAGGUGAUGUUGCAAAGACCUGGUGAUGUUUUUGCUGACAGAUGUGCUCUUCUUGUUAACAUGACAAAGCCUGUUUUGCAGCUUUCUAAUCUUAAAUUACAUUCAUCUGAUCCAGUUCUGCAGAUGUUGGGGGUAAAUGACAACCCAGGCCCUGAAGUGGUGCUUCAGCAGCUAAAAGAAGCACAAGCACAGUGUCAGUCUUUGGACAGUUCAGUGCUGCACAAAAUGGCCAGUGAGUGUUACAAGUUUCUAGAUCACCAUCUGUGUGAUUCAGAUGAAGACAUGAGAAAUGUUAUUUUGCAGAGUGCAAAAUCAUGUGCAUUUGUCCUUGUUGAUGAUAAAUUUGUCAACAUCAACUGUGUAGCUGAAACUGCAAGGUUUGAAGCCAGACCCUAUCUUUAUGCACUCCCCCAUCAAUUUACACAUUUUAGAACACUAUGGGAAAUGGUUGGUGUGGAAAGAGAGUUUUCUAUUUGCCAAUAUAUGGAGGCCGUGAGGAGCAUCAACUCUAAACACAGAAAUAGACCAUUACCAGUUAGUGAUCUGUCAAUUUGCCUCACUAUUUUGAACAGAGGAAUUUAUGAAACUGGGAAGAGACUGGAGAACUGCCUUGUGCCCAAUAGAAAAGGCAUUUUACAACCUGCACACACCAUGUUCUAUAAUGACAGUCCAUGGAUGCCAGUCCAAAAGGGAGUCACCUUUUGUCAUGAAAACAUAUCACGAGUAAUGGCAAUCCACUUGGGAAUCAAAACAACUAGGCACCACACAUUGAUGAGUAAUACUGUUGAAAACAUGUCACCAUUUGCCUUUCAGUUUGAGCAGCAAGAAGACUUAACAGUUCGAAUCAGAAAUAUCAUCUCAGCCUAUCCAGCGAAAAAGGACAUUCUUAAAGAACUUAUCCAAAAUGCUGAUGAUGCAGGGGCAACAGAAAUCCAUUUUGUUUGGGACAAAAGGCAGCAUAGCAAUGUAAAGACAUUUGGGGAGAAAUGGAAUGCUCUGCAGGGCCCAGCUCUGUGUGUGUUCAACAACAGAGUCUUCUCUGAUGCCGAUUUAAAAGGUAUUCAGCAGCUGGGAGAGGGCGGGAAGCACAACUCUCCAGGAAAGACAGGAAAGUAUGGGCUUGGAUUCAACUCUGUUUACCACCUGACCGACUGCCCCGCCAUCCUUACUGGAGAUGAGUUACUCUGCAUAUCUGAUCCCAACCAGGAGUACAUUGAGAGUACUUCAGAUAUUUCACCUGCUGGAAUUGGUUAUAAUCUAGUUGAUGCUUUUAAGGAAAUGUACAUGGAUGUCUACAGAAGUUUUCUUCCAGAUAUGUUUUCUCUGAGCGAAGGCACCAUGUUCAGGCUGCCCUUAAGAACAGUUGCCAUGGCAAACAGUUCCAAAAUAUCCCAUGAGAGUGUGACAGAGCAAGACAUGAAAGAACUGUGCUCUGCUCUAUCUGAGGAACCCGAGGGACUUAUUCUGUUUCUGAAAUCUAUCAGCAAAAUACAUGUUUAUGAAGUUGACAAAUCCGGGGAUGUACAAAUGAUAUAUGCAGUAGAAAAAAGCCAAACAAAGUCAAGUAUCCAGAAAAAAGAAGCAUUUGAUGAAUGUAAGCAACAUGCCCUCAUAGCACAUACACCAGUUGAUCAAAAGGUGGUCUAUGGGACAGUUAUUUCAACAUCACAAAAAAGAACAAGUAAAUGGAUAGUUGCAGAAAGGUUUGUCAGAAGUACAGAUGGUGAACAAAAAAUGGCAACGGACAAACUUGCUCAAGCCACAGUAGCAGUACGUUUUAAGAAUGAACCAAUAAGCUCGACCCAUUUUAAAGGUGAAGCAUUUUGUUCACUUCCUUUGCCUGGUCACACUGGAUUACCAGUUCAUGUCAAUGCCAACUUUGAGGUGGAUUCUUCACGAAGAAACUUGUGGAAAGAAGAUACCCACAGUCAAAAAAUGAAAUGGAAUGAGUAUUUGAAACAGAAAGUCAUAGCUCCUCUGUAUGCUGACCUCCUGGAUCACCUCCAUAGUAUAUUCAAAAUUAAGCAAAACUACAAGACAAAAAUUGAACAAAUUCUCAAUGAAUCUUACUUGUGUUUUUUCCCAAUAGUAAGCAAAGAUGUUAACCCAGACUGGCAUGAGAUGGUGCACGAAGUGUACAGAUCAAUCAAAGAAAGAUCUCUGGAUGUGAUUCCUGUCUUCAAACCACAAACAGCAACACAAGCAGCUGGCAAGCUGAGUAGUCCAAUUAAAGUAUAUUAUUUUGACUGGUGUAGCAUUACAGAAACAGAUCCAACUCAAAUACCUUACCUUCCUCGUGAAAUUAAUGAACAAAUCAACAGCAUUUUGGAAGAUGUGGGAAUGAGGCUGGUGCCUUUAAGCAUGCAAAAGGUGUGGAGUAGUUUUCACUUCGCUGGAAUUGAACUGGACUAUGUGACUCCCUCAACUGUGCAGACAUUCCUGAGAGCUAAACCCCUCAAUGAUCCAUCACAGACAGAAAAACAGCUGCCUCUCCCUGUAUCACAGACUCUAAUCAAGGAUGGUAAAAGAUGUGCUAAGCUCUUGGGGUUCUGCCUCAAAGAUCUAGAAGCAGUUGAAGAAAAAGACAUUAAAGGUGACCCUAGCAUUAUCCAUGGACUUCCACUGCUUCUAACAAAGGACAAGGUUCUGAGAGCAUUUAACCUGAACUCUCCCAAAGUUGCUUCAUUGUACGACCAAGUGUUUAUUGGCCAUGAACACCAGUUUGCAGAUUAUGAAACCAACAGAAUGUGCAUUUCCACUCUUACAAGAUUUGGCUUUGUCAAGAUGUUAACAAUACUUAGUGCAGCAGAAUACCUGAAGCCCUUGAUUGAACAUUUUCUUCAAACAUGUGAAGCUGACCCAAACAAAAAGCUAUAUAUCCCAAGUGAAAAUAUGUUGGUAUGGUUGAAAUAUCUUUGGAGGUUUAUUAUCAGUCAACUCACAUCUUCCAAAUGUAGCAGAAAUGAUCUGACAUUAGGGGCUGUCAAGCAGCUCUACAGUGAGUGCUGCAUUUUGCCUGUCAUUUGUCCACAAAACAAACAGAAAUACUUACAAAUGAUGAGGGACAUGCCAAGUGUAAUUCUGUUUUGUUCUGACAUGGACGUUUCAAAGUCCAUGUUUCGACUUGGCUUUAUGAAACUGAACACUUCAUUUUUCAAAGACAUGGACCGAGAGCUGUAUUCUCAUUUCUCUUCAGAGCUUUUGGAUGUCACCAAUAGUAGUUCUGUUUUGGAUCAACUCUACAACAAAAACAUUUUGGAAUUUUCACAGCUGUCAGCAAGCGAACUGAGUGAACUCCAGAGCUUCUUGAAUUCUGGUGUUUCAAAAGCCAAAAACAAACAGGAUUAUCAAAGAAAGUUCAAAUCCUUGCCUUUGUUUGAAACGAUAAACCAUGAGCGUGUCAGGAUUGAUGGUUCAAAGCAUGUGUAUGUCCUCAGUAUGACUGAAAUGACAAGAUUUCCAAACUUGUUCAGGCUGCCAGAGACCUCUGCCAUUUUCCUCAAAAACAGUCUUGAAAACAUGCAGCUCUCACAAACACUGAACAUCCAAACGCUUUCUGAUUUGGACUUUUUUGUUCAGUUCUUGGUGCCGGUGGUCCAUAAACUCACAGAAUGCCAGACUCUAGACUGUCUCAAACUUUUGCUUUCCUUACAACAUCAUUACGACUUUCCCAAAUCAAGGGGACAAAUAGUGUCCACAUUUAAAAAUGUGAGACUGAUUCGGAGUUCUCUUGGACAGUUACAAUUGGCAAGCUAUUUCUUUGAUGAUGGUGUUGAACUCUUUAAAGUUAUGCUACCAAAAGAAAGAUUUGUGCCCAAGACAUUUUGGGAUGAGAUAACUGAAAACAACCCCUGCAGAGUCACUGAUUUAAAAGCUUUACUGAAAGAGCUCGGACUUAGGCACACUGUUUCUGCAGAUGACAUAAUAGGAUUUGCACAUGAGGUAGAGAAACAAGUGAAAAUCAAAGGACAACUGGAUGAUCUAAAAAAGAAAUCCUAUAUCAUUUUCAGAGAAGCCCUACAGUUUGCUGAAAACACAGAAAACAAUGGAAAAAAGUUGCUUCAGAAUUUAGCUCAUGUUAAGUUUAUUUUCCCUGUAAAAAUCAAAACAGAGUUGUGUAAUUACCACCCUGCUUUUACCUCUGAGAACACUGCUGUUUCCAUCAGUGGAUCUUUGAUUGAAGGUGAAAAAAGAGAUGAAGAACUUAUCUGGUCUUCAAUGGCUAUCAUACAUGUCCCAGUGUAUAAGUCAAAAGCAAUUCAACAAAUGUUGUCCUGUGCAGGAGCAUAUGAAAAUCCUCUAUCAGAAAAUGUUGCAAAAAAUUUGCAAAACAUAUGUCUGUCACCUUGUCAAAAUGAGAAGACGAUCCAGAUCCGAGCCAGGGUGUUCCAGUCUUGUUACGCUUUCCUGCAGAUGACGCCCUUUAAAAGUCAAUGGCUGACUGGACUUCCUGUUGUGCUGGUUGAAAAAAACAAGAAACUUGUAAGGAUUGAAGAUGUGUGUUUUUCUCUUCAUUAUGACAAUGACUUCAGACCCUAUCUGUACAAAAUCCCUCCAGAACUGGCAAUUUACAAGGAUUUUUUCACAAAAAUUGGUGUAAAGAAUGAACCCUCUGCAGUACAGUUUUGUAAUGUUUUGGCAGCAGUACAUAGCGAGACAAAUAAUAAACCAAACCUACAAGCAAACCAACUGAAAACAGUGAAACGUGCUGUCCAACAGCUGUUUAAUCUUGUGAAACAGCAGAAAGAAUGCCUGGAUGAUAUAAAGGUAUUGUAUCUUCCUGGUGUAAAUGAGAAAUUAAUGGAAUCACACAAACUUUACUACAAUGACACACUUUUUGAAGCUUCACGAUUAGAACAGGCUCUUCCAGAGAAGUUUGUGUUACUCGAGAAACUUAGUAAUUGCCAUUUUAAAGAUGACAUUUAUGUACACCACAAGCUCAUAAAACUACUGCCACAGAGACUUCAGCCACAAAUGCUGUCCCAAAUCACUGAGGAGAAAGUAGUGGAGACACAAAUGGAGCUCUGUGAAAGAAACUGUACGUUUAGUGGCUUCUUUGAAGAACAUCUUUCCUCUUCAGUAUUUCAACAUGGCCUAAUCUGUCUGAUCCGAGCUGAGUCAGAGGGGAAAAUCCCACAGGAGAAGGCCGUAGAAAUGUGCAACAACAUAUUUGGCAGAAUACAGAUUGUCUGCUGUCAAAGUCUGCAGACAGAGCUUUGGCUGGGGAAACAACAGCUGCCAAGCACUGCUUCAGAAACAGAGGUCUAUGUCAAUAAAGGGCAACAACACUGUAUUUUUUACUUACUACACAAUGAUAUGGAUCCUGUAGGCAUGUUUCAAGUCUGUCAAACAUUGGCAAUGGAAAUCAACAGCCUGUUAGGCAACAUACUGGAAUCAAACAGCUUAAUGGCCUGUUCAUCCCUCAUAAUGUGUGAUAAUCUUGAACGAGUGAGAAAAAUUUUGGCAAAACACAAAAUCCCUGACAGUGUCGAAGUUGAAAGGUUACACUUCAGUCCACCAGCACCAGGAACAAAGAUCCCUGAAGAAUGGCACGAUGCUUUGGACAUGAGCAUUCUCAAUAACUUUGAGGAGGGGGAGUAUGUUGGAUAUGAUUCAAAUGGAAAAUAUAUCUAUGCAAUUAUUGUUGAAGAACUACCACGGAACACUGGGCAACUCACGCAGAGAUAUAAAAUAGACAUCGGUGAGGAAGAGCCAAUCGAGGUCGGUUUUCUUGACUUGUACCAAUUUAAACGUGAGACGCAACCAACACCAUCAUCUAGUUUGGAGCUCCAGCUUGUAGAAGGUGCAACCCCCCAUUUCUCCCAACAAAACACAAGGUCCUCAUGUACAUCUGUUGAAGAGGCUAAAAAGGAAAUUGACAAAAGUUUGAAUGAAGUUUGGACUCUUCCCACUGAGGAGCGAAAAAAAGCCAUCAAGCGGCUGUAUCUGAGGUGGCAUCCAGAUAAAAACCUGGACAUUCCAUUGAUUGCCACAGAGGCCAUUAAGUAUCUACUGAACCGAAUCGAUGAACUCACAAAAGGCAAAUGUAGAUCUUCUGGCUCCAGCUCCUCCUCUUCGUCUUAUUCAAGGGGACACACCAAUUUCCGAGACUUUUUUCAUCAAUGGGAUGAAGAGGCAAGACAUCACAGAACCAGUCGAGAGCGAUUUCACACUGGCCGCCAUUCUUACAACUUCUGGACCUUCAACAAUAAUAUACCACGACCAGACAAAGAGGAGGCCAAGCGCUGGUGCAAGCAAGCACAGUGUGAUCUUAAUGCAGCCCACAAUGACACAGAAAAGGGGACAACCGAGUGGUGUUUGUUCAAGGUUCAUCAGGCUGUGGAAAAAGCUCUCAUUGCUGCUUCUUAUCGGAACAAUGGGAAGCACCCAAAAAGCAGCAUCAUUUCAACCAUGGCCUUGAAAGUGUCCUACUACAGUCCCAGUCUCCGAAGUCUUCCACAGCUCGUGACAUAUGUGCAGGCUCUGGGCGUGGAUCCCAAAACAACCCAGUACCCCGAUUGUCACCCGUUUCCACACAUCCCCAAUGGACAGUUCCAAGAGGCGAAUGAGAGACAAGCACUGGACAAGGCAUCGGAAAUUCUUACUCAAGUGGAAGCCUAUGUGAAUCACUGAAUUAAGUGACUCGUCAAGAGUAACAAGUAAACUAGUGUUGGCCAUUAUUGUCAGUUCACAUGUCAUCUCUGUGGUGGACUAAUGCCAAUAUCUCAACUUUGUGAACAUUUAGUACUUAAAGAACUAUUUCUAUACACACACAAAAAAAAGAAAGAAAGGAAAAAUCACUGCAUACACAGCAUAAAUAUAGCACAUGGUAAUACAAUAACUUUAGGACCAAACAGUUAAUUAGAUAAAUGACUUUGAAGCCAGUAAAGUUACAUUGUUGAUUGAAAAUCAGUAAACUUAUUAAAUAUUGUUUAAAACUUG